CUGCCCCAUGGAGCAUCUCCCCUCACCCCCCGCAGCCGGGAUGUUCCACUUUCCGCCCCCCCCAUCCUUUACGGGGUGAUUUCUGGGGGGGUUUUGGGGUUGGGCGGUGCCCGGGGGGUGUGUGAUGCAGCCGCUGACGUCACGGCGCCCGGCCAAUGGGCGGCGGGCGGGGCGGGGUGUGGCGGGCGGGGUGUGGCGGGGGCGGCCCCGGUGGGAGCGGGGCUGCUCCGGGGGGGUCCCGGCGCCCCCCGAUCUCUCCAUGCAGGGCAUGGGGAGCCUCCGGCUGGGCAACCGCGCCGUCAUGUACACGGCGGAGACCCUCUCCAAGGGCAAGAACCGCGUCAUGGGGACCAUCCAGAUCAUGACGGGAUUCCUGCACAUCGGCUUCGGGAUCGUCCUGACCACGCUCACCAGCCUCUACACCUCGGUGUUCGUCAUCGGAGAGAUCCCGUUCCUGGGCGGCGUGUCGUUCAUCAUCUCCGGCUGCCUCUCCAUCGGCGCCGAGAAGAGCCCCACGGAAUGCGCGGUGAAGGGCAGCCAGACCAUGAACGUCAUCAGCGCCAUCUUCGCCCUGCUGGGCAUCGUGGCCUUCAUCGUCGACCUCAACCUCAACGUGCUCUACCACUCCAGCCUCGACUACCACGGAUACCUCGUCCUGGUCGGUCCCUCGGGAGAUGACUCACCCUUUGGAAGCAUCCGCGAGCCGGAAAAACGGCGGGAUGGCGGGCUCGGAGCGCUGGCGGAGCCGGGAGUGCGGCGGGAGAGGAGGGGGGAGCCCCAAAGCGCGGCGUGGAGUGGGAUUUUCCUCCUCCCGGGCGCUUCCCGGGGAGGUGCUGAUGGGGUUUUCCCCCCCCCACCCUGGAGCUCGCAGGGAACGGGAUUUCCAUCGUGCUCCUCAUCUUCACCGUCCUGGAAUUCUGCAUCGCCGUGGCCACCGCCAACUUCUGGUGCCGGGCCACCCGGCUCAGCUCCAACGAGCUGGCUGCUCCUGAAGUCUGACACCGGAAUGGGAUCCUGCCUCCAUCGCUCCCAAAUCCAGGGCUACGGCAUCGUCUUCCCGCUGGGAUACGCUGGUCCCACCCCUCCAAAAGCCAGCGAGCCCCCCCCAAAUCCCCACUCUCCUGCCCAUCCAUCUGCCCCCGUGCCUGGUCUGAGGGGCAUUCCUUGCUGGCUGCUUCGGGAAGGGGCUUCUCCGCGCGGGACUCUUGCGGAAUUCCCGCCCAUAAAUCCCCAGUGGGAUUCUGGGAUUCACUCGUGUCAGGAUUCAGGACUUCCCGGGGUUCCGGUGGCUUGGAGCGAUCCCGACGCGUGGAUCCACCGGACCGUCUACCUCGGCUCGUCCCGCGUUGGCUUGGUUUUAUCUUGGGAAUAAACGCUCGG